AUGGGUAGAUUAUCUUCUCCUGUAAGACACUCUCAUUCACAUGAAAACAGUAAUAGUAGUGAACUCGAGCCUAGUCACUCUGAAAAAAAGUUUAAUGUCCCACCAAUUCAUAUUGAAUUGAAUCCAAACGACUCCACAGAACAGAAAAUUGGACGUUUAUCUUCUGAAUGUAAUAUCAUCCUACCAAAAUUGAAAAAUAUCUCAAGAGUGCAUGCUACUUUAACCUAUUCAAAGGCUGAUAAUAAAAUCAAGUUGAGAUGUUUGGGUCUAAACGGUUUGGUUGUCGUUUUCCCACGUAAAUUAUCUUGUCAAUUGGGAAGACGUGAUAAUGUAAACCCUGUAUAUGAAUUAUCUACAGAUGCUUCUCAAUUUAAUGGGCACUCGGAGAAGGAAUUCAUCAAGCAUAAUGAUUUGUCUUCUUUUGUCCUCCUUAAGGAUGAAACAGUAUACAUGCCUUAUAUUAAAAAUACAAUCAUUGAUUUUAGACAAGUCGAAACAUUUGUUACAAUGAAACAGUUAGAUUACCCAGAACACGAAGUAGCUUCUUCAAAUAUCGAAUUGCCUUCAACUCCAGUUAGAUCAUUCACCGAAGUAAACAAAGAGCAUCCAGUAAUCAGUACACCAGUGCGUCAACAAAAGCGUAACGAACUCAAUCGCCGUAAAUUAGAGUCACCUUCCCCAAUCAAGAAGGAUUCCCAUCAUAAGCAUAAACAGAAUAAGACACAAGCUAUUCAAAAAUCAGAAUCGCCAGAAGAGUUGAUAAAAAAUAUGAAUGAAAAAGGUAUUAAUUGCAUUGAAUUAGGACGUGUGUUAGCCAAUCAUUUGGCAUUCGCAAACGUUCAACAGACUCCAUUAUCUCAACUUCAAUCAGUCAACUCUAAAAUAUCAACACUAUCAAGAUCUCAGGUCCGUGCUCUUCUACAUGAAGAACCUUGCAUUGGUGUGAUCUUCCGUCAAGGUAAAGAUGCUGCUGGUAAGCCAUUGGAUGAAGAAUAUUACUACGACCUAGAAAAUGAUCCAGAUCAAGAAAGAAGAAAUUUAGUGUCAUCUUUGAAGGGUGGAAGAACAGGUUUAAGAUCAUGUAGAAGAACGCAUAAACAAUACUUUUGGAAAAAACCAGCUAAAUAA